CCCCUCCGCUCGGAUGCUGGCAGCCGAGCUGCAGCCUCCUACAGCCCCGGAGCUGCUUCCCGAGCUGGGGAACAGAGAGCCGGGGAUUUUUAGCGGCUCCGCAAGGCCGGCUGUGUCCCGGGUCCGGUCCUGGGCCAGAUGCGUGCGGACAUGGAGAGCGUCAGCCUCCAGCGACCCGCCUGGAAAUGGCAAGUACUGAGUUUGUUUUUGCUCUGCGGCUGGGGCUGGGUCUCUGGGCAGAUCCGCUACUCGGUGCUCGAGGAGUCGGAGGUGGGGACCUUGGUGGGGAACGUGGCCCAGGACCUGGGCUUGAAGGUGGAGCAGCUGGUGGGCCGCAGGCUGCGCCUGGGCUCAGAGGAGAGUCGGCAGCACUUCGCCGUGCGCCUGGACAGCGGUGUCCUGGUGGUGAGCGAGCGGCUGGACCGGGAGCGCCUGUGCGGAGCCGCCGCCAGCUGCGUGCUGUCAGUGCAGGUGGUGGCGGAGAACCCUCUGCAGCUCUUCCGCCUCGAAGUGGAGAUCCUGGAUCUGAAUGACAACUCCCCCAGCUUCCCCACCACCCACCGCAGUCUGCGCAUCGCUGAGUCUGCCGCCGUGGCCACGUGCUUCCCCUUGGAGAGCGCGCAGGACCCCGAUGUGGGGACCAACGCCGUGGGCUCCUACUGGCUGAACCCCAACUCCCACUUCUCCUUGGACGUCAAGCAGCUGCAGGAUGGCAAACUCUUCCCGGAGCUGGUGCUGGAGCGCGCCUUGGACCGGGAAGAGCGGCCAGAACUGCAGCUGGUGCUGACAGCCGUGGAUGGGGGCAGCCCGGCCCGCUCGGGCACAGCGCAGAUAACGGUGCAGGUGCUGGACAUCAAUGACAAUGCUCCGGCCUUUGACCGUGCCACGUACAAGGUGCAAAUCCUGGAAAACACACCUGUGGGAGCUCUGCUCCUCCAGCUCAAUGCGUCAGAUCCUGAUGAGGGCCCCAAUGGGGAGACGCAGUACUCCUUUGGGGUGCACACCUCCGAGGCCGUCCGGCGACUCUUUGCGCUGGAUCCCAACAGUGGUGAGGUGCGGGUGAGCGGGGAGCUGGACUUUGAGGAAUCACCCUUCUAUGAGAUCCACGUGCGGGCCCGUGACAGGGGUGUGCCCGAGAUGGAGGGGCACUGUGUGCUGCAGGUGGAGGUGGAAGAUGCCAAUGACAACCCCCCAGAGGUUCUGCUCACCUCCCUGCUGAACCCAGUGCCCGAAGACACCCCACCAGAGACUGUCGUGGGACUCUUCAACGUGCGGGACCGAGACUCGGGGGCCAACGGGGAUGUGAGCUUGGAAAUCUCCCCCAAUGUGCCGUUCGCUGUAAAGUCCUUGCAGAACCACUUCUCACUGGUCACACGGCAGAGCUUGGAUCGAGAGACCACCUCGCAGUACGUGGUGCAGCUGACUGCCCAGGACAGUGGGUCCCCUGUUCUCACCACGAGCCUCACACUGCUCCUCAAUGUAUCUGAUGUGAACGACAACUCACCGCGCUUCCUGCAGCCCUCCUAUGAUGCUUUCCUCCCAGAGAACAGCCCUCCGGGCUCCCUGCUCUGCACUGUCUCUGCUUCAGAUCCUGAUGAUGGAGACAAUUCCCGUCUUGUUUACUCCAUAGAGGGCCACGUGCAGGGUGCUCCUGCUUCUUCCUACGUCCACAUCAACCCCAACAACGGCAACCUCUAUGCUCAGCGCACCUUUGACUUCGAGCUGCUGCAGGUUCUACCGGUCUCAGUGGUUGUGCGGGACUCAGGGUCUCCAUCGCUCCACGCCAAUGUCACUGUCUAUAUUUUUGUGCUGGACCAGAACGACCACCCCCCCACCAUCCUGCACCCUGCUGGUGACGAUGAUGUCCCCACCCUGGAGAGGGUCCCGCUGUCUGCCCCACCGGGCUACCUGGUGACCAAGGUGACAGCAGUGGAUGCAGACGCCGGGUACAAUGCCUGGCUGUCCUACCGCCUGCUGCCCGAGUCCACCGAGCCCUCCUUGUUCCACGUGUCACAGUACACAGGGGAGGUGCGGACGGCACGUGUCCUGCGGGACACCGAUGUGGCGGUGCAGCAGCUCCUCAUUUUGGUGGCAGACAACGGCGACCCACCACUCUCCACCACCGUCACCAUCAGCGUGGCCUUGGAAGAGGAAGCCUUGGAGGAGAGCUACAAGCCCCGGGAUUUCCUGGCUGGUACCAAGGAGAAGCCAGACCUGACCCUCUACCUGAUCAUUGCGCUGGCAGCCAUCAGCACGGUGGCACUUGCUACCGUCACCCUUCUUGCUGCCUGGUGCCUGCGGCGCCGAGGCCGUGCCGCCACUUCUCCCCGCUGCUGCUGGGCUGCCGAAUCACCAUCCCGGGACUUCUUCAAUCAUUCCAGCCCCAAGCUGCAGCUCUGCUCCGACGGCACCCUUAAGUACAUGGAGGUCACCCUGCGGCCCACCGACGCCCAGUCCCAGUGCUACAGCACCUGCUUCUCUCCCGACUCCGACCGCAGCGACUUCACCUUCCUGCGGCCCUGUCCGCCCCCCGGCACCCUUCCUAGGGAACCUGGGGCUUUCCUCUCCGCCGCCGGUACCCUGCGGGACGCCGGCCAGCAAGCUCAGCCUAACCCGGACUGGCGCUUCUCUCAGACCCAGAGACCUGGAACAAGCGGUUCCCAGAAUGGAGAGGAAGGUGGAGCCUGGCCCAACAACCAGUUUGACACAGAGAUGCUUCAAGCCAUGAUCCUGGCCUCGGCAAAUGAAGCCGCUGAUGUCAACGCAACACUGGGUGGGGGCACAGGCACCAUGGGGCUGAGCGCCCGCUACGGCCCCCAGUUCACCCUGCAGCACGUCCCCGACUACCGGCAGAACGUCUACAUCCCGGGCAGCACCGCCACACUGAGUAAUGCUGCCGGCAAACGCGACGCCAAACCCUCGGGUGGCAACAAGAAGAAGUCUGGCAAGAAGGAGAAGAAGUAGAAAGGAGACGUCAGAGCGGGUGGGCAGCGCGUGCCAGCACUCCCCAACACCACAGGAGGACGAAUGUGGAUUUGUUUUUCUUUUCAUUUCUUGGCGAUGCAAAAGUUAGGAAGCGCUGCGAAUGUAUUGUCAUCGUCAGAGCUAGGAGCAGGCUGCCUGCUGUUAGGUCUCAUGAUGAAAAGCAAUCUGGAAAGCUAAAGCUAACACAAACAAGUGCCCUGUGAAUACAGCUAACGUUUUAUACGACCCCUCGGGUGUUAGGAUACAUGAGGUCGAAAGGCUUCGGCCAUAUCCUUGGCUUCGAUUUGCUCCCAGAUGGUCCGAGAGAGGCACGAGGCUCUCGCUCAGCUUCGUCCAGUGUAAAUAAUUGUAACACCCAUCUGUUAAUUUAUAGAGCUCUGAUCAUUUUUUUUUUGUUGUUGUUGUUAUUUGGAAAGAAAAAGGAAUUUCCCAGCAUAAAGCCCCACGUUCCACGUUUUCUGCUCUUUUAACUUCGUGAAACUCACCCUGGGUUAUUGGUAGCGGUGGAUUUGUGGGUAGGGAGUGCUUCAGUUCCUGUUCAGCUGUUAUCCGAAAAAAAAGAAAAGAAAAAAAAAUAAGAAGUGUUCGUAUUGCAUGAGUCAAAGGGAACAAUGCAGGGCUGCAUCCUAAACAGUUAUUGUUCUGUUUUGUUUUGUUUUGUUUUUUUUCCUGAAGUACAACCAGCCAUGGCCUGAGAGCUCCUGGUGUCUGAGCGGGGCUUCGGCGCGGCCCUGGGGGGCUCUGAGCAGACACAUCUCAUCCCUGCGCUGCAGUAAAUAUUUAUAUGUACAGUCAAUGUUCUUUUGGAAUUAAAGCUCCGGGGCUGGGAGGGGCUGCUCUGCACCUCGCCAUGACCCCACGUGUGCGUCACCUGCGUCACGGCUGCACUUUGGAACACACAUCCCCGCACCCCCCAGCCCCGAGGAUGUCCUCGCAUGGCCACGCAGCAUGGGGUGAAGGCGCUUUGUAUUUGGGGAGUGGGGGGGUUGUUGGGUACCGAGUAAGUGACAGUGGGUUUAGUGGCACCUGGGGAGCAGAUUUGGGUCAGGGACUUAUGGGCUGGGGGUCCCUGCAAUGGUGUGAGCCCAGGGAUCAGCUGGGAUAAAACAUGGGGGGGUGAUGCUGGCUUUGGGGUUUCCACCUCCCAGAGGGAACGGGAGGACGAGGAGUUGGAUUUCUCCAUGCUGUGCCCCUUCCAAGCAGGCUCAGCCCGGAGGAGGGUCCUGGUGGCCUCGGUGGCACUGCUGGGGAUACCCCAAGCACCCCGUAUCACAGCAUCUGUGCCCCCCCCAGGAAGGCAGAGAGGAAAUCUGGCACCCAAAGUGGGUGCGGGUGGGGAGAGGGUGGUCCCCCCUCGACCCCCCCCCAGGGGCCACUCAAUUUCACAUAGGAUUUUUUGCUCUUUUUUAAUCACUAACACUUAACUCACCCCCUACACACACACUCCCCCCUCCCCCCUCCCCAGCACACACAGACACACUCCGGGGGGCAGCAGCCCCUCCGCACACCAUGCCCACCCCACCCCAACCCCACAGCUGCUCCACAGCCCCAUGUAGCUACCACCCCCCUCCCCUAGCAAUGCCGUAGGUGAAUCGUAGUCUUUGUAUUUCUUUUUAACCUGCAAUCUGAGGUAGCGUAGCGAGUGUCGUGUAUUUAGUGGCGUGUUAUUUUUAUCUCAGUAACUAACUUGUGGAACAGCAGUAUUCUCACUUUCUCUGUAUCUUCUCUCCAUGUGGUCUGUGCUCCGAGUGUACAUGAGAUGAAACACGUUUGCCCUCUCCAUGUGUCUAAUAUUGAAUUAUACUUAUAUAUUAUAUAUAUGCUUAUAUCCUUCUUAUACCCAUAUAGACCGACGUCGAUGUGUUACACGCAAGUUUUAUACUCUAAUAUUUAUAUUGCUUUUUUUUUUUUCUUUGGGAAAAAAAAUAAUAAAAAUGGUUUCUUCUGAA